AAUGACGAUGGUGACCAGAAGAAGAAGCACCCAGAGGAUCUAGGGCUUCUCAAUCGCUUCAAUCUCUCUCUCUCCCCCACCUCGACAGAUUUAGCAUGCAGCUUCAUAAAUUCAUCGUCUUUUCUUCUUAAAUCCUCCAUCCUCCAUUUUUCAAAAGUUUUUCCCGAGAAAAUUAGGGUUUCUCGACAACUUUGGAUGAGAAUGAUGAUGAUUGGUUCAAUCUAAAUAGUUAUAUACUGGAUUGAAUAAAUUAUUGGGGAUUUAAAGGGGAAUUGGACCUUCUUGAAUCAGUUUCCUGGAAAAAAGAAUAUAUUUUUAGAUUGAAAAAGAAGUGAACUAUGCGGGCAUUGCACAAAAGGGUAUCCUGGCCUCCAGAUUUUAAACUUUGUCAGGGGCUUAUCCUGAGAUACGUCCAGUUUCAUCAUGGGAUGGUCAGCCUUAUACAUCUUACUCAUGACAUCAAUGUAGUCAAGUAGUUCAAUGAUGAGCUUGGAGAUGGGUUCGUUGUCCAGCUCGUGUUCUUAUUGAGAAGGGGGAGGAGGAGGAUGCUACAGAGAGGAAUAUCAACAUUUUCCAAGUUAUUUCAUGUACGGCUGUUCAUAUCAGAGGAUUCACCUUCACAAGUUGGAUCAGAGUCUCAAGAUCACCUGCAAGCGAAGUCAUCUUUGGCUUCACAUCUGGGUGAUGAUAAUUUACCACCCGGUUUUGGUGGACCUCUUUCCGCCAAUGAGCCACAGAUUAAGUUAUCAGACAUUGCAGUAAUAAAGUGGAAAUGCUCUGUCCGGAUUUUGCUAGAUGAAGAAUGGAGAGUGGUUGCAGGAGAGGAAAGCAAUGAAGUUGAAGCACAAAAUCAGAGGGAAUUGAGAGUUCUUGAAGCAUUCUAUCCUGGCGCAUCAUCUAUUCCUCCAAACCCUUCGGUUCCAGCUGAUAUUGACAACUCACAUUAUGAUGAUCAGCAAACCAUUGUCAUACCAAUACUACCUGUAGAAGAUGAUGACAUAGCGUUGGAUUCAGCAUCUGAUCUCCCAACCCAAUCUGGCGCGAAUGUGGGAACAGAGCCACCAAUACCCGAUGAGAACACAUCAACUUCUUCGAUCCUCCCUCCAGGGUCAGAUAUAAUGGCGGCAUUAUCUGCAAUCUCAAACAGCAAAGAACAAGGCAGCAGUAUGAUUGACCAAGAUUUGCUUAUUAAGAUCCUAAGCAACCCUAAGUUGGUCGAGAAUCUUGUUGCAAAUCGAGGCAGUGCAGGUUCAGUCUCCUCCAACGCAAGUAGCCUCUACCCAUCUUCAACCCAUGAAGCCAAUGGAGUAGUUACCACAACACCUGCCUCCAAUGGACAAUUUUACCCUCAGCCAAUGGUUACACAAUGUCCUCCCAUGGUGUAUCCUCCUCCAGCUCCGUCAGACCAGCAUAAUUACGGAGCACCACCAGCAAGAGAUGCUAGUUAUUACAAGAACCUGAUUCAGCAACAUGGCGGGGAAAGACAAGAAACGCCACCUGUUCAACAACAUCUCGGUUAUCGUUACAACCUCCAACCUGGAGGACCUAACCCGGAGAUGAUAAAUAGCAAUAUUAAUAACCAGAGGCUAAGGGAUGCAAAACCCAAGAUAAUGAAGCCUUGCAUGUACUUCAACAGCACGAGGGGUUGUCGCCAUGGAUCCAAUUGUUUAUACCAGCACGAUGCUACACCAUACCAGCCGAGGAAUCUAAACAAUGGCAAUAUCAACACUUCUGAGAUGCAGAAUGCAAAAAGAAUGAGAUUUGACAGAGACUAAUGCAGAAUUAGCAUACCACACAUGCUCUAUGCCUCUUGGUUUGAGAGCUUGUUGUUAGCAGCAGAGCAAAUUUUCUCUUUUCUCUUGCCUGGCUUUGCUGCUAUAUAAGUUUUAUAUACUUUGGCAACCAUUUCUUAGUUUUAUGCUACAAAUGUAGAAUUAAUCAGCGAGUAUCAUUUGGCUCACCAUCACAGUAGUAAUUAUACUGUCCCUAGUUUUUUCUUAAGAUUAUUUUCAACAUAUUUAUCUU